AUGGUGACACAUUAUUGGGCGGCGGUAGCUUCCAUAGCUACUGUGUGCGUCUUCUUCUGGCUCACGUAUACCAAAAGACGGCCAGGCCAUAGGCUUCCCCCGGGCCCCCGGGGACUUCCAUUGAUAGGGAACCUUCAUCAAUUUCCUUCCAGCUUGGCCAGAUCAACUUUCGAUGCAUGGCACAAGCAGUACGGGCCGAUCGUGGGCCUGUCCCUGGGGCAAAGACCCGUCAUUAUUAUAGGCAGCGCUUCGAUUGCCAAUGAGUUAUUUGCGAAGAGAGGUCGCAUCUAUAGCUCUCGGCCUCGAAUGGUGAUGGCGUUAGAGAACCUAUCCCACGGGAUGCACACGGUUUUCCUACCAUAUGGGCCGCAGUGGAGGGCGCACAACCGCAUCCAUAAGACCAUCCUAGCACCGAGCAAGGCCUUACAUUUCCACGAACUCCUCGAGGCAGAAACAAAGCUGACUCUCCGCGACCUGCUGCACGGAAAAGACUGGAAUCAAAGCAUUGUGCGCUUCACAUCUAGCGUCGUGUACAGUCUUGCGUAUGGUCAACGCCUUCAAGGAGAUGAGCCGGAGAUCCGGGAGAUGUCUGAUUUCGUUGAGGAGACCAUGCGUGCAAUCUCUGGAUCCUGGCUGGUAGAUAUCCUACCCAUCAUCAAUGAACUUCCCAGCUUGAUCAACCCAUGGAAGAGAUUUGGGAGUCGCUUUCAUCAGCAAGCCAUGCGGAUAUUUGCAGAGAGCAGCCGACACGCCAUAAGGACUCCAGGCUGGAACUUCACAAAGCAUGUCCAGACAAAGGAACGAACCGGCAAUUUCAGCGACGAGGAAUUACUCUAUAUAGUCGGUGUGCUCUUCCAAGCCGGCAUCGACUCCACGUCCACAGCCUUCCGAUAUUGCAUCCUGGCAUGCAUCUUGCACCGUGACAAAGUGAUGAAAGCUCAGCAGGAGCUAGAUGCUGUGGUUGGGAAAGAUCGUCUGCCCGGUCUGGAUGAUAUAGCUGAGCUGCCUUAUACGAAAGCCUUCAUCAACGAGGUUCUCCGCUGGCGGCCUAUCACGGUCGGAUCGUUAGCGCACUGCAGCUCCGAGCACGACACGUUCACGGGCUAUGAUAUACCCAAAGACUCAGUCAUAAUACUCAAUCAUUGGUCAGUCGUGAUGAACACCGAUACCUACGGACCAGAUGCCGCCUCCUUUCGUCCAGAGCGAUGGAUUGAAGAUCCCAAGCUGCCGCUUCUUGCAUUCGGCUGCGGGCGACGAGCCUGUUCGGGACAGUAUCUGGCUCAGAAGGAGCUUGAGAUCUUGAUCCCUAGUAUCUUAUGGGCUUUUGAUAUCGAGGUCGGCUCGGCGGAUGGGAUGGAGCUGAAUUUAGAUCCUUGGAAUCUUCUGGAAAUUGGCGGACUUCUUCGACCGCCUCCAUUUCCAGCAAGCUUCAUCCCUCGUGACAAAGAGAGACGGGCGCUCAUCGAGCUUAUCUUGCACCAGUCAUCAACCUCUCACUCCUGGUUCAACCUCAUCCCAGCUUUCUUCCCCAAGAUAGCCAUCAUCUACAAUCUCAUAUCAAUUUUACCCCCCGACUAA